CCUCCUGCACACCCCGUACUGGGAAUCAAGCCCGAAACUGGGGCAUGUGCCCUUGACUGGAAUCGAACCCGGGACCCUUCAGUCUGCAGGCCCAUGCGCUAUCCACUGAGCCAAACCACCUAGGGCAGGAGUAGCUGUCUUUCCAAAUGCCUUUUAACCACUGCUCUAAAGGACUUACAUUCUAAUAUUUUUCAACAGCAGAAAUAGUCACACUUCUAAAACCAGAAUCAAACCUGAGUUGGGUCGACGCUCUACCACCUAAUGCCUAGGCAUAGGUUCCCACCCCUGGCUGCACCUCUGGGUGCCCAAAUGUACCAGCACCGAAGGUGGGAGAGCCCUGCACUGUCUUCAAAGAGUUCCUCCGUUGAUUUAAGGACGUGACGCUACUUUUCUUCAUUUGUCUUUUUUUGAAAAAUCUCCCAAUGCCGACUUCACAGACCUGUACGGCUACACAAGUUCAGGAAGUGUUGGUUGUACUGCCAAUGGAUUCAACCUAGUAAUGUCUAGGCACGUAAGCAGGAGACCAAUGGAUCCUACUAUUACGUUUUUUGGCCUACAUCACCCUAGCGCCAUCGUUCUCAUGGGGGAGGGGAGACUAGUGGUCAGCUGGCAACGUCGGGGGCAUUUUGGGCUCGCACGCUACUAACCAACCUGCAAUGAACAUGGCGGCCUCACCUCAGAAAAAUUCGGCGCCAGAGCGAGACUGUCUGGUGAGAGGCCCUGGGUCUCCGAGGAGAAGCCAGUCGAAAGGGCCCUCGCUUUCUAACUCCAGGGUCCAGAGGGCAUCCAGUCCCUCGCUCACUCCCCUGACUGGCGUUUAUGGCUCCACCGUACCGCGCCAGGCCGCCUCAGGCGCCAGCAGCGGGCCUGGCCUCGGGGCAGCUUCCCCCGCGGCGGAGGGCGGGCGGCCGCGCAGAGCCUGCUGGGAGCACGCGCUCACAGUGGACAGCCAGCGUCGCCUCCCGCGCUCAGUUUGUUGCGCGAGACGGACCCUGCGUCACUUCCGCUAUGAGCCCCCGCGGGCCCGCCCACCACCCCUCCUUUUAGUGCGUCGUAACCCGGGGCAACUGUCGCCCGCCGCCGGCGAAGACUAAGCUGCCGGGGGCUUUCCACCGCACUGGCCCCACAUGUGAGGGUGUGAGUGGCGGCGGCCGCUUCCCCGCCCCCAGUGCAAGGCCCCAUCCCACUUCACGCGCAGCAGAGCGAGAGCCCUGCCCAGUAAGAGAAGAGGCUGCCCUCUGAGACGGGGAUGCAGAAGAGAGAGGAAAAGACCACCAAUAUUGUUUUAGUUGUGGAGCAUCUUGAUCCAGCUUGCUUGAAGAUACCAGGGUUCUGGAGGAGCGAUCCGAUCUCAUUCAUUUCCUCUGAUGUCAUACUGGAAAGAUUAGGAUGUCCAAAGAUAUUUGACCUUUCAUCGGUAAAUGGAAUUUUAUUACCAUCUAAACGCCACUCUAAGCCUAAGUAAAUAAGCUGAAACGGAAGAAGAUGUUAAAAACUUUAAGCAACCAUCAGAGUAAUCACAGUAAUGGAUCUCUGUCAGAAAAAUGAGACAGAGUUAGAAAAUGGUGAAAAUAAUCAAAUUCCAAGCACAGAAGAAUCUGAAUUAAACUGUACUUAUUCAGAUGAAAGAAAGGAAAAGAACCAUGUUUGUUGUCUCCUCAAUAUCAGUGACAUUACGCUUGAACAAGAUGAAAAAGCCAACAAGUUUGUUAUCGGAACUGGAUGGGAAGAAGCAGUUCGAGGCUGGGGAAAGACUUCUCCAACUGCUUGCAUUUGGCCCAGAAAGAAACGUAAGAAGGCGAAGGUGGGAGAAGGUGUCAGCGGCUGCUUACUCUGUGUCAGUCUCUCCCAAGCGACUCCCGAGGCUGGGCCUCAGACUGAGGCUGGAAGCUUGGAGUCAAGGGCUCUGGCUGAGGCAGGCUCAGAGGAGGAUCCAGGGGGCCCCUCCCAGACUCAGCUCCCCACUGGCUGCCCCACCACUGCCUCCAGGAAUAUUAGCAAGAUGUGCUCUCCCUCUCGUACUCAGGGAGAGAAAAAAAGUCUGCAAAUAAAGGAGUUUUUUUGGUGCAUGGAAGAGUGGGCCAUCCCAGAGACUGGUAGGGACCAAGACUCCAACAGCAGGACUGAUCAAGGUCCCUCCAUCUCAAACUCAUUGAAUUCCAAGGCCCUUUUAGUUCUCCCUCCCCUGAAUUCUUCAGCCCCACAUGGCGUGGAUGUUCAGGUUAAGAAGAGUAAGAACUCGCUCGUGCAGCCAGAAGAGAAGGUGCUGAGUGUGAAAAAGGAUGAGUGUGUGGCUUGUGCAUAUGGAUUGAAAAUAGUUGAAGGGAAAGAUGGAAAGAGACCCUUUGAGCUGGCCAGUCACCUUAAGGUCAGCUGCGUGCAGCCUUUUCCUUCGCCAAUGGUUGGGACAAACCUCCUGGCCAAUCCAGAACUGGGCAGCCUGCACUGGUCCCUCCUGCCUAAGAAAAACCUGCUGUGCCCUCCCAAUCCCAAUAGUGUUCACUGUCUCAGGACUAUGCAGCUUUUGCAAAAACAGAAAGAGCAAAGCUACAAAGCCAAAUUCAAAGCCAGGGAGCUGAGACCUCCCAUGAACACCCAAAAGUGCAUUCUCAAGGAGGCCAAGCAGGAAAACAGGCCCCAACCAUUGGAGACCAAUGUGUUCCCAAGACCUCUCUUGCCAUCCCUCACAGUGAGCAGAGUUGUUAUUCCCACCUCCACUCACAGAUUCCUCUGAAUUGCCACAAUAUAAUUUCCUGGGAAUAAGCACCUUUGGAAACUCAUUCUCUUUCUCCCCUACCCCCACCCCAUUCUCUUCUAGUUUCUUCCGUUCCCUUCCCUCCCUUCCCCUUUUCCAUCCUUUUCUCUCCCUCCUUGCCUUCUUCUCUGUCCAUUUUUUUAAAAACCAGAGGAAAUAAACUCAUUGUAUGGAUUUUGAUUUAUUCUCAGAACACCCAUAUUUAUGUGUUACCUGCUUCAGUUGCUUAGUCAUUUAUAAAAUGCAAACUAGUAAUGCCAGUCUCAGCCUCUGCUUGCUUUAUUUCUCUCCUGCUGGAAGCCAAGUGGAUGGUGGGGAAUCUGAAGAGGGUCUCUCAUGGUGCUGCCCCAAUAUCACCCUUGAACCCACUGGAAAGGGCUCUUCUCUACCCCAGUGCCUGAAGCUAAGUGUACUGGCCUUUUUUGGACCAAAUUAUUACUUGUCUUUUUAAUUUAAAGAUUUUUUUUAAAGAUAUUAAAGUUGGUUUUUGUAGGGAGAGAGAGAGCGAAAGAUUGACGUGAGAGGGAAACAUCGAUCUGCCUCCCACAUGCCCCCCACAGGGAUCGAGCCUGCAACCUGGGCCUAUGCCCUGACUGGGAAUCAAACUGGCAACCCUUCGGUGCAUGGGACUAUGCCCAAUCGACUGAACCACACUGGCCAGGGUUUCCUGAUAUUUUUAAACCGGCAGAUAUCUGUCGGUUGCCUCAUUUUUUUCUUGCAACAAAGAUUUGAAACAUUGUUUCAAUAGAAAACUCCAAACCGUGUCUAAAUGAAUAUACUUGCAUUCAGGUGAAAUAUCUGUAUAUUAUAUCCAUGAGGAUACUAUACCCAUUGUAUCCUAUAUGUCCAAAGUGACAUAAACCCAUGGGUUUACCAUGUUUAUUGUAUCCUAUGUGUCCAAAGUGAUAUAUCUUUGUAUUGUAGCCUCAUGCUAGUCUCUGUGUCUGGGAAAUUUUAGCCACAGUUCCACAAAACUUGCUUGGAAAGCAGGUUAAGAAUCAUUAUUUGAGAAAAAAGUCACUGUGAUUAUUGUCACCCCACAUGCUUCCUCCUGCCUUACUCUGCAUCUAAUAUUUGGGAACUCUACAACUCCAGACAGACGCUUACAGAAUGGGGCUGUUACAUUCUCUCUUCCCCUGAUCCUUCUCCCCACUCAUUUUACUCCAAUGCAUAUUUCCUGAAGUUGUCUAUAAAUUAAACAUUGUUUGUAAACGAGUUAUCAUUUAAAUGCCAAGUGACAAUGCUAUGUAGAGAAAUGCUCUGGAAAAAAACACACACCACUUUGUAAUAUGAAUAACCAUUUAGCUGCCCUGUAAUUACAGUUUGAAUUUGCUUUCGGUAGGUUGUACUUGCACUCUGUACUUUCCAUUCCCUAAAUGAUGACUGCAUUUGUAAACAUCUGCUUUCUGUAAUUGCUCUUUAGUUUAGGGUUUUUGUUUUGUUUUGUUUUGUUGGUUUGUUUCUUUGAAACACCAGAAAUGCAGGAAUGAUUAUAGUACAGCAGUCAUUAAAAGGUAUAUUUUGCCUACUUAAGUUGGACACUUCUUUAAAGUCUAGAAGCAAUUUGUAGCUUCCAUCCAUCCCUUCUUCCCUGAAUGAAGGAAACAUCUGGAUUCCAUCCUCAAGAAAAGACCUUGAUUUCCCACCGUUUCUUGACAGUGGGGGUGUUGGAGCUGGUACUGUUUGAGGACAAUCUAGGAAUGGCAGCCUGCCCACCUAAGUCAGUGGUUUUCCAAGUCCCCUUUACAAACAGCAGAAUAAUAAGCUCAAUAUGUAAAAGAGUCAAAAGUAUUUGAUUGGGAGGGAAGGGUAUGGACCAGCAUGAGUGAGCAAUGGAGUCCCACCUACUUAGCCUAGAUACAUUUACUUUUGAGAUCUUUUUAAAAAUAUGUUUUUAUUGAUUUCAGAGAGAGAGGGAGAGGGGAGACAGGGACACAUCAAUGUGAGAGAGAAACAUCCAUCAGUUGCCUCUUGCAUGCAACCCAACUAGGGACUGAACCCUCAACUUGGGCAUGUGCCCUGACUGGGAAUUGAACUGGUGACCUUUCAGUGUACAAGACAAUGCUCAAACAA